UAAAAAUUGUCAGUUGUGAAGGUCGUUGAUAUCGUGAAAUGCUGAAUUUGAUAAAAAUGAGAAUGAUUUCACGCACAAUAGGAGUUUAAUUCAAUACUGGAACGCAUUUCAUGCAAUAUUGAUUUCCGGUCGGACCUUGAUAUAUGUGUUUAGCUCGAAAAAUGGUAAACCUGUUUAAAAUGAAAUCCUUAUUUUUCAUUUAUUUUCUACUUUGCUGUUUUACACACGGAAAAUCGUACCGUACGUCCAUCAAGACUGAGUGCCCCCGAUUAUUCGAGCACACUUUUAAAGGUUAUGUGCCCAAAGGUAAUACGAGUGCGGGCUACUUCGAAGAAAUAAAAGGCGUGACUUCUUUGGUACCCUGCGUCUUAAAAUGUUGCACAAAAAACGCGUGCAACGUUGCUUUUCUAAGUGAUGAGACGUGUUAUCAUAUAAUGUGCACCAGUAAUGAGUUAUGUAUUCCAACUAAGAACCUAAACCUUGCAACUGUAGACCACGUACUAAUGGUUCUUGUUAAACCAACUGACGACGAUACUUGGGAAGAUGUUCUUGCUAGAGAAGAGUUCUCAACAUCUGAGCUAGAUAGGGAAAUGUACAACAUGCUGAAUGAUAGGGAUCGAUUUGAAAAUACUUACAAAAUGUUAGAAAAAGAUUUUCUUAAUCAGGAUGCAGAUGAAGAGUGUCAAGUGGGAGUGGAUAACUCAUGCCCAUUCCCUAAUGAGAUUUGUGUGGGAAAACGCGAGAGGUCCAGAACUGGCUUCUGCGAGUGCAAGCCAGGUUUUGUUCGUGGUGAUGAGGGCAUCUGUGCCACCAUAGAAUUGUCAGACGUCAACCUGAAUGGCUUGCCGGAUAUUAUAACUGAGAAGAUCCUGGAUCUUUCAACAAAUAAAUCCGCUCCAGUAACUCGAAAGCAUAUAAGCAUUGUUGUAGAGUCAAAAACAGUUAGGUUACCUGAGAAUGAAGUUACAUUAACAGUAAAUACUGUGCCGGCAGAGGAUCCAAAUGACAAAUAUCAGUAUGAAUGGACUUCGUUGUACCAGCCAGAGGCUAGUACUGCUGUAAAACAUCAAAAUGGGGCUCAGUUGCAUUUGGAGAAGUUAAUGGAAGGCGUUUAUGGGUUUAAGGUUAGCGUGUCAACACCAUCAGCCUAUGGCGAAUCUUUUGUUAACGUCACCGUGUUGCCCGAGGCCCGUAUAAACAAACCUCCGACGAUCGUUAUAACUCCCGCAAAUCAAACUAUUAAACAGCCGAAUGCUGCCGCGGUUUUGGACGCAUCGUCCUCCACUGAUGACGACGGCAUCACUUCUUGGCAUUGGGAAUUGCAACAGGGUCCUUUAGGUUAUGAACCUGAACUGAAAGAUAGUCCCACUUUGCAACUAAACGAUUUAACCAAGCCUGGUAAUUAUACUUUUAAACUAACUGUGACAGAUACGGACAAGGUUACCAGUAGCGGUACCGCUAAUAUUACCGUACUCGCUGGUACUGACUAUCCCCCCGAAGCUAAUGCAGGGGAAGACACUAUAAUUUAUUUACCUCAUAACAACAUAACCUUAAACGGCAGCAUGAGUACAGAUGAUCACGCUAUAGUUACUUGGGAAUGGACCAAGUCUGCAGACGACGCGCAAAAAGCUGUGGAUAUGCAGGAUACUCGUACGCCGUUCCUGCAUCUGUCCAAUCUCCAGGAAGGGAUGUAUACGUUUGCACUGAAGGUUACCGAUAGUGCCAAUCAAUCUAGCACAGCUCAAGUACACGUUUACGUUAAACCGCCAACGAACAAACCCCCAAUAGCCAACGCGGGCGAGAACAUAACCCUUAGUUUACCUCAAACGUGGGCGGUGCUAAACGCAUCGAAAAGCACCGACGACAACCAAAUUAUGUCAUUCAGAUGGGAACAAGUGGAAGGUCCUUCGACCGUUACCUUCGUAAGCGGCAAUGCGAGCACGACCAACGUGACGGGUCUGACUAAAGGGCUGUACACAUUUAAAGUCAGCGUCACCGACGACAACAACAACGUAGCGAGCGACAUGGUUCAUGUUACCGUCAAUCAGAACAAAAAUCAGAAGCCUACAGCGAAUGCAGGGCCGGACUUGAUACUUGAGUUGCCCGCAAACGCUGUGAUAAUAAACGGGUCCCAAUCGAAAGACGAUUGGGCCAUAGUGCGAUGGAAAUGGACGCGCGAGGACAAAUCCUUGGCGAUCGGGAACGUGGUCGAAGGCACGGACGUGUCGCCCAUACUUAUCUUAACUGACGUGUCCGUCGGCACUUAUGUUUUUAAUCUAACCGUUUUCGACGAGCAGGGGCUAAGCGAUACCGACACGGUAACGGUGAUUGUAAAAAACGAUCCCAAGCUGUUCUAUUUGGUCGAGAUUACCAUCAACGUGGACGCGAAGUUCCUGACGGAAGCGCAGUAUAACAAUUUAAGAGGCAAACUGGCCCUGUUGGUUACUGAGGGCUCCAAAUUACAGGUUAGAAACGUCAGAGCGGAAGAUGGGACCGGGAAAGCCAAGAUAACCUUUUACCUGGAAUCGUCCGACGGUUUGCCCGUUUCCGCCAACGAAGUUGUCAGACAUCUUCGUCAAAAGCUGAAAAUCGACGCCAGCCUCUUGGGAUUUUCCAUAGCCAAACUGCAGACCGCCAUCUGUCAAAAUAACUGUUCCGGCCACGGCGUCUGCGACGAACUUACAAGGGUCUGCACGUGCGAGGCCUUCUGGAUGCAUGAUUUGUUUAAAGUGUAUCUUGAGACGGGCGACGAUUCGGACUGCAGCUGGAGCAUAUUGUACGUCGUGCUGGGUCUGGUAUGUGGCGUCUUGACGUUUUUCGGUUCCAUAUGGGGCGUGGCCUACCUGUGUUACCGUUGGUGCCGUAGGAGGCACGACACUAUCAAACCAACCAAUUACAAAUUAAUCGAAGACACUGAUGACCUCCCUCCAUUUUCCUCUAGAAAAAGCAAUUUGUCUGAUAGCGAUACAGAUUCGGAUGUAGUCUUUGAAACCAGGUCGAAGCAGUCGCGUUUUCCGGAGUCAAGGAAUGGCCACAAGGCCGGUCGGAAUGGUUUCUCAAAGUUGGGAAGUCGCAGAGUGAAAACGUAAAAACCCUCGCCCCCAAACUAACCACCUAACACACAGACUAAAUUGGAUGUAGUAAAGUUUGUGCCACCGUUCCAGUGAAAAAACACCUAAAUGUGAUUGCAACGUUACACGAAAUACUAUAUUUAUAUUUGUACAUAUUUUAGAUACAUAAUUAAUGUGAUCUAUGUAAUUUGUAGAGGAUUUUGUACUGGUCGGCUUCAUAGUUGGCCUACCCGUGAGGUUAGGUCCGUCUAGUCAAGGUUAUGUUGAUCUAUUAAAACAGUAUUUGAACCGCU